UGUUCCCAACUUUCAGCCAGGGCUGUUGCAGACAUCACUUGGGACUCAAGAAUCCAAGGGAAGAAGUACAUUUCCAUAGGAAGCCUGACAACUGAUGAUCUCCAUGUAGAUUUCAGCCAGCCAAAUGCAUACCUAAAGCUGCUUACCUGGUAACUGAAGUGUUUUGGAUAAGGGUAAGUAAAGAUACCAAAUAACUUGUUUCAUGAGCCAUGGAAGCAAAGGGUCAGGAGGUGUGCCAGGUUACCUAGGAGAUAUGGUCAUCCUGUUGACCUUCAUCAAGACAAUUGGAAAAUGCCCUGGUUGAAGGAAGUGCCUCUCCAGAAAUGCACAUCAAUAGCUCAGUUGUUUAAUGCUAUGCCUCAAGUCCUUGUCCAGGCCAUCUACCACUGAUAGCGGUGACAAGCAGCGAUGGUUCAGGUUUAAUAGAAGGAAAUCCCUUCUCAUUGGGGUAAAAUACCAAUCCAGAAAUUAGGCUAUGCCUCUGUCACCUCAGCACAUCUUUGGAGAACCAAAUGGGCAAACUGUCAAAGACUUUGUAGUAUGAGAUAAACCACUUUUUGAAGACCUCUCCUGCAUUUUAAACGGCAGCUGUGGCUACUGAGCUCUCAAUAUUACACAGACUAUCUACAAAGUGCUGAGAAUUGGUGGCCUGUAGCUACUACUCUCCUAUUCUCCCCAGCCAGUAGCUCUCAUACAGCGCUUGAUCACGUUGCUAGAAUUAACUUAGCAAACAUCUUCUGUAAGGCCUUUCACAUCGUUAUGUUUUCAACCUACUGAAAAUCAUAAUAGCUUGAAGGACAGCUCUCUCCCAUACAUUGUCACUUGUCACAGACCUGUAGCUGGUACUGAAAGCUGGUACUCCCUUGCAAGGCCCUGAUAAUUACACCCCCAGCCCCAGGAAACAGUCCAAGAUUUGUGUCUCGUCUGUAAUCAUCCUCUUACUCAUAUUGGCAGUAAAUUAAUCUGCAAACAUACUAGUAGCCACAUGUACCAAGCCUGGCAACUGCAGAAAACUCCAUACAGCUCCAUAGUUCCUGCUUUUGCAAAGCAAGGCCUUGAGGAACUGCACCACUUAAAGUUGUGCUGAAACUGUGUUUUAUUGUGCAGUUUGUAGAUAGUGUUUUUCUUAAUAUUUUCGGCAAGCAGACUGUCAGACCGGGUGCCUAUAUUGUUUGUUUCUUGUUUUGCUCCAAGGCCUUGGUCCUUUCAUCAUCUAUACUAUGCACAUUUUAGUUUGUGUCAGGACUUCAGUCUGGACUAAACCAACUAUUUAUUUUGGUGAGGCUCAAAAGAGAGGGUAGUUCACUUCAAGGUCCACACCUCUAUAGGACUACACCAAGUUUCAUUCUUCCUGCCCAGAACAAUCUUCUUAUGUACUCCUAGUGUUCUCACAAGUCCAAUAUGCUUUCAUGCCAUGCCCUGGCACAUGCAUUGCACAUCUUUGUUAGUCUGCUACAAAAAGAGAAGAUUAGCAGUCUGCAAAAGCCACCCCUCCUUAUUUAGCUGUGGGGCUUCUUCUGCAGCAAGAAAAUAAUGACACUCUGGUAGAAAGGGGCCACACGGAGACUGGAGAGAUCAAGAUACUAUGCCAAGGUAACGUUGUUGAGAUUGCCUAUUGUUUGGCUGUAGCUCAGCACCUCUCUCCCUGCAAUACUGAGUUGCACCAGAUGCUUCUCUGGGAGGCCACCACAGAACUUCUCCCUUUGUAUGAGCAGGAGGAAGCUCAGAAUGAGACCCAGGGGAGUUGAGAGCCUGCUUUUUGCUGACUGGAUCUGGGGGAGGAAGCCUUUUUCAAGGAUGACAUCCUCCCACACACACACAUACUAAAUCCCCUAGCAUGCAACUAGCUGUGCACCCAGCUCUGGUGAGUACAUAUCUUUGAUUACACUUAUUUGAAGGAAGGAGCAUAGCAUAUUUGUGCCGUGCUUAGGAGAAUACACUCCAUACCAAUGAGCAGACAGGAGACUUCUGCCACAAAAACAUGGCACUUAGAAAGAGUCUUGUACCAUGCCCAGGUACAAGGGCAUGCCUGGCAGGCUCCCAGGUCUGUUUCUUUGACGGACAGCUCUGGCAGACAAUAUUUGUGCAUAACAACUAAACAUGUCACAACUUGUCUUACUGGAGGCAAGGCAUGGGGCAUAAGGUUGUGGAUAUGACAAGUGUAUCAAUGCUUUCCAAGCAUAAUUGCCUCUGAUAGGCAUCCAUACCCAGCCAUACACAUACCAGCCUUGUCCCAAUUCAGCUGCGUCCCACUGCUUUCUCCAGUCCUUGGCUGACCAUUCUCAGUUUUCUGGAGUCACAGAACAGCUCAUACUCCAGCUGUGGGGAAGAGAUAUCCACUGGAACAGCCUCCUUGCUUUCUUAGUCUCUCAGGCCCAGAGCCCUGCAGCAGUGAGCAGGAGGGAGAACACUGUGAGAGAGAGAUGAAGGCCUCCAAUGAGCACUCCCAGGAGCCAUGGAAAUGCAGGCCCGCCAUCCUGCUGAGACAUGGACAGAGGCAGCAUGGACCCUUGGGGACAGGAGCCAAUGGGACAGAAGUGGGACUGAACCCAGUCGGUUGUUCAGAGACCUCUCUAGGAGAAUUCAUGAUCUUUGCAAAUAACAUUCUUAACUGCAUGCCAUUUUUACAGAUACAUGAGCAUGAUGAGGGUCAGAAGGACUGGGGGCUCUGUGGUCUCCAGUGUGGGCCUCUGCAUUUGACUCUAUGGCAUCCAGCACUCAACAUGCAUCCAGCAUGGAACUGAAUCACUGCACCCUGACACCUCCUUUCAGUGAGGAGAAUGAGGUCUGGCUUAGAAGCAAGAAGUAACAAAGACUGGCAUUGGAAAUUACAUGCUCUGUUUUGCUGGGUCAAGCUCUCCUGGCUCUAGAGCAGGACCGAGAUCCCAGCCAGCACUGGAAAUCAAACCGAAGUACAGCACAGGCAACCCAAAGAAGAAGUUCAAGUGGCUAAUCUUUGAAAUAAAAGAGUUUAGUCUUUGCCUUGCAGCCGGUAAGAGAAGAACAAGUCACUUUUUUUGUGCUGUGGAGUCGUCUGAGGUUUGCUUUACUUUCUGAAGGGUCGGGGGAGCAUGAGUCAGAAGCUCUGGCAGCUGCUUCACGCGAGCAAGAGGCCAGCAGGGACCCUGACUCACCAGGGCUGCUAAGUUUCUUUCUAAACUCCAGCUCAGCGACUGGAAGUGAAGUCACGGCGUGGGAGUAGCUCUGGAGCAAAGGAGCUGAGCUUUUGGAGCUGAGUCUUGGGGCAGGGAACUCAAAGUUGCUUGGGUGUACAACAGGUGGCUGACCCACCAAGGGACCUUCUAAGAGUGCUGAGAAGAUGACUUCCUCAGGUGCCCCAGGGACCCGCAUGACAUCCACAGUCAGUAUCAACAUUUCUACCCCAUCCUUCUACAACCCACAGAAGAAGUUUGCGCCUGUGGUUGCCCCAAAACCCAAGGUGAACCCCUUCAAGACUGGGGGUGCGUCAGAGUCGUCAUUGCCACAGCCUCCUGGAGCUGGUGCCCAGCGUGCUCAGAUGGGAAAGGUGGGGGAAAUUCCAUCAGCAUCUACAUCCAUGCUGGCAGAAGAGCUGCCACUGCCACCUCCUCCCCCUCCAGGAGAUGAGGCAAGUCUCUCCUCAAACUCUGCAUUUCCUCCACCCCCACCACCUUUUGAAGAGCCUUUUCCCCCAGCCCCAGAAGAUGUUUUUCCUUCUCCUCCUCCACCAAUGUUUGAUGAAGGGCCUGUGAGCAAGGUACCUGCCCCACAGGUACGUGGCAAGAUGAGCAGCAUUGAUCUUGAGAUUGACUCACUAUCCUUAAUGUUGGAUGACAUGGAGAAGAAUGACCCCUUCAAAUCCCGGGUAUCUCCAGGAUCCACGGAUUCUCUGGAAAAACCAUCUGCCCCAAAAGGCCAUGUGGAAAUCUCAUCUGCACCCAAAGAUCCUCAUUCCUUUCCUUCCAAGUUCACUCCAAAGCCAAGUGGAAACUUAUUUUCCAAGCCCCUUGGAGUGGAUGCGGUCCCUGCCCCAGCCCCAUGGACAGCCCCACAGCAGCACAGAGAGCCCCCAGCACCAGUCCCUCCACCCCCCUCUCUCCCUCCUGCUCAGCCUGUCCCUAAAUACACCCCACCUCCUGUUGCUGGCUCUCCUAAGUCUGGGUCCAAACCAGGUGCCAGCAUUCCCAUGGCUCCCUCAAACUCUACAAGAUAUCCUACCUCCCUUCAGACUCAGUUUACAGCCCCUCCACCUACAGGUCCCUCCUCACGGCCUCAGCCUCCCAGUUUCACCUAUGCUCAGCAGUGGGAAAGACCCCAAGUACAAGAGAAGCCACGUCCUGCAGAACAGCCUGCUCCUGCAAAAGACACGCGUAGACCCACAGGCUCCAAUGCAGAUCCCCCUAGGGGAAACUCUUCUCUGACCAUGAAGGAGGUAGAAGAGCUGGAGAUGUUGACUCAAAAACUAAUGAAGGAUAUGGAGCACCCACCUCCAACAGAAGCCACUACUUCUGAGCUCUGUGGCUUCUGCCGGAAGCCCCUAUCACGAACCCAGCCAGCUGUGAGAGCCCUGGACUGCCUUUUCCAUGUGGAGUGCUUCACCUGCUUCAAAUGUGAGAAGCAGCUGCAGGGGCAACAGUUCUACAAUGUGGAUGAGAAGCCCUUCUGUGAAGACUGCUAUGCUGGGACCUUGGAAAAGUGCAGUGUCUGCAAGCAGACUAUCACAGACCGUAUGCUGAAGGCUACCGGUAACUCAUACCAUCCUCAGUGCUUCACCUGUGUGAUGUGCCACACCCCUCUCGAGGGGGCCUCUUUUAUUGUGGACCAGGCCAACCAGCCUCACUGUGUGGAUGACUACCACAGGAAAUAUGCUCCACGCUGUUCAGUCUGUAGCGAACCUAUUAUGCCAGAGCCUGGAAAGGAUGAAACAGUGCGUGUGGUGGCACUAGAGAAAAAUUUCCACAUGAAAUGUUACAAGUGUGAGGACUGUGGGAGGCCCUUAUCCAUUGAGGCAGAUGAGAAUGGCUGCUUUCCGCUGGAUGGGCACGUACUGUGUAUGAAGUGUCACACGGCUCGUGCCAAAACAGCACGCUGAGGAGCUUGGAGUGGGCGUACCAGUUAGAUCCCUACACCCCAUACUCUUCCCUUCCCCACCACUGUCCUGCCCUUCCGCCUGGCAAGGCAGAUCCCUACCUUUCGGAGAGCCUGUCAGCACAGUUCUUUCCUCAUGUAGGAUUCACCACUCCUAGACUUCACUCUGCGCACCUGCCAAGGAAGCACCCUUUCUCCAGUCACCGUGUCCCUGGCCACAGUGUAUUCCAGGCUGGGGACUGUGAGUGAGGUGGGCAAAAGACCUCUCUCUUCCUUUAACGUUCUUGGAGCAACAGCUCUUGACUAAGACCAGCUCUCCACCACCAUCUGGUGGAAGUAGAAAGAAUGACCUGAUGGCAGGUGCUGGACAGGGCUGGGCAUUCUUCUACUCCAUGGAGCCAAGACUGGUUAUUAGACAUUAGAAGGUGGAAGCCUCUGUCUCAGCGCUGCUUCUGUCUUUUGCUUUUCUUUUUUCUUGUACCACCUCAUUAUCAGGAUGCCUUUUCUUUUUUUGGUGUGAUUUUUUUUUUGUUUUGUUUUGUUUUUCUUCCCUGUUCAAAGUGUGGAGGCAGAGCAUACUAGGAAUCUCUGUUCUAGUUGUGUGAAAAAGCUAGCCUCCUCUAGCCAGGCUGGACGCUAGAGUAGAAAACCAGUCCAAAGAAUGUGUAUGUUUACAAAUAAAGACUGUCAAAAGAGCUGGCAGCAUGUGCUAAGGAGGUGCCUCAAUAUGUUGGUGAGAAAUCACCAGACUGAGGAAUGCCUCCCCUUUCCAAUGGGGGGAUGUUUUCACUGCUGUCGGUGAAAGCCCCAAUGUAACAACGUACUUGUCUGGCUCCGCUUCUUACUCUACUGAGCCCUAUUUCCUGGGUUAGAACCUCUCAAGCUGAACAAACUUUCUGGAUAACUAUAUUGUCCAGUCACUGUUUUGCAUAUAAUAAAAUGUGGGUGUGGGGUUUUUUGUUGUUGGUUUUUUCAUUAAUGUCUCUGCUCUAUAUUUGUUCAAUUGCUCAUGAGAACUAUUAGUUUAGGUAGUAGAAAAUGUAUACUUGCUAUUUCACUAAGCCUCCAGGGCUAUUAUGAAUCGGAAAAUGGCCUUUCUCUCUCCACCUCUUAGUCUCCUUUCAAGUUGUUUAGUUUCCUACUUAACUUCCUGUGCCUGGAGAGUAGCUUUCCUAAGUUAAAUAAAUGGAAGACUGCAUUUCAGUACAGCAAGACUGUAGUCUGCUUGGUGUGUUACUGGGAGAUGGGUUAUUACAGUCCAGUUGUGCUAGACUGGAACCAAGUGGUCGGGGUACCAAUUUUUGCUUGUUUUGCCUUAACUAUUGCUACUCAGACAGAAAGUUUGUGCUUGAUGUUUACUCGGUCUUAAUGGUUUUUAAGUGUGGCAUUGUCUCCAUAACUGCAUGUGAAAUGUGUCAUUGAAGUGUAGGAACAUUGAAGCUUACCACACAGACAUUACUGUACCCUACUCUUGUUCUCUUGCCAGCUUUUGAGAAGUCUUUAACGACUGCAAAUUUAGCCAGUAAAUGCCUGGAAAUUCCCCAUAGGAUGAGCAAGCAAUAAAUGAAUUUGUGUAUUUA